AUGGACAACGAAAAAUUCGCAGGAUUUAGUCGCAUAGACUUAGUGUAUUCUUCCAUCCGUGGCCGUGAUCUACAGGCAAGCAUUUUGACACCAAAGAAGCUGCGGUUAUCCCCUCCUUCAUCUCGUCCAGUACUUGUACAUUGGCACGGUGGUGGUUUCAUUGUCGGACAUCUGGCAAACAGAGCGCUAGAAUUUGCUUUAUCAAGAGGUGCUCUUAUAAUCAGCCCAGAUUACCGUCUUGUCCCUGAAGCAAACGGCACUGACAUACUAGCCGACAUCGAGCGAUUCUCGGUCUGGAUGAAAAACGAGCUCCCAUCAGUUGCUCAUCAAGAGUCAUGGCAUGCCUUCCCUGAUCUGAGUCGCGUCGCAUCAUCGGGGCAAAGCGCGGGUGCUUGCAAUGCCCUUCAUUCUGCUUUCCUUUCUUCGCCCAAGAUAGAUAUCAAAGUCGUCAUCUGCAUCUCUGGUCCCCUAGACACUAGUGCCUCGCUCAAAUUCAACAUCCCACUUCCCCGAACCAUCAUGGGAACUCGACCACCCCCGCCAAGGCAAGCGGAGGCCUUAAUUCGAGACUACAUUCGCAACAUCGAACCCGGGGCAGUGCGGACAGAGGGUGAUCCUGCCGAUAUGUGGCCACUGCUAAUAUGUAUCAUUCAACAGGCAUGGCUACCCCGACUGCUGGGUGUCAAGUCGAAUCCCCAGCUCCUUUUGGUACCCCGGCUGAAACACAUGGAGAGCAUGCCACCAUUAUGGCUCAUUCACGGAGAGGAAGACUCCAUAAUUCCCGCCGAGUGCUCGACUCUGUUUGCGGAAGCCGUCAAGGCUAGAUUUCCAGAGCAUCCGAUGUUGGUUUCGAUAGAGCAUGGUGACCAUGUCUUUAGCUCUGAUAUGAAAAUGAAUGAGACUUGGAUUGAAGAAGGAUGUCGAUUCGUUAGUGAUUUUUGGGCAUAG